AUGAGCGGAGACGAUGAGCACAGCAGAUUCGUGAGCACAAUGACUGGAUGUGCUCAAAGAGAGCUUUUCCUAACAUUUAUUAUCACAAUGUUGGGCCUUUUUAUACGAAAUCUGACAUUACCAUGGAUCUUUUUAGGUGCAAGAUAUGAUACGAGCAAAGUGACAUAUUGGCUGAAAUUUGUAGCCGAUGUGAUUUUCCUUUGCUUGCCAUCUCUAUUGGCAAUGACUUUGCUCAGCGAGCACUUAUAUAUUCUCACUCUAAUAAUGUCAAUAGUCUCCGGGGUGCUUCUUCUAUUCGUUUUAUUCGAGGCGUCAGAACAUAAUUUGUCGUCAAGUCUGAGACAAGCAUGGACAAGAAUAGUCGAAGAGCAACACAGGCCAACCAAAUUCGUCACUUACUUCAGAUCGUUGACGAUGGUUCUGGUGACUGUCGCGAUUUUGGCAGUAGAUUUUCCGAUUUUUCCAAGAAGAUUCGCGAAAACUGAAAAAUUCGGACACUCUACGAUGGAUGUUGGUGUGGCUGCAUUCAUUUUCCAGUCAGCACUGGGAAGUCGAAUGGCGAAAUCACCGAGUUCUGGGAGAACACUUUCAAAUCACAGUCGCCCUUGGUAUUUCACAUCAACAUUCCUUCUCUUUGUUCUCGGAACUGGAAGAGCACUCGUUCUGGAAAUCAUCGGUUACCCACAACAUGUAACAGAAUACGGUGUUCACUGGAAUUUCUUCUUCACAUUAGCAGCAGUUCGAGUGUUUUAUUCAAUUCUUCCCCGUUGUUAUCCCUUCGUUCUCUCUGUGAUUUUUGGAAUCUGUCAUCAAACAAUGCUGAAAUCGACGGGUCUUCAAGAGUGGAUUCUCGAUGAGACGGCGAAUCGACGAGAGAAUUUGGUGACGGCGAAUGCAGAGGGAUUGACUUCAUUGUCGGGAUAUUUGACAAUAUUCUAUGCGAGUUUGGCGAUUGGAGAGCUGAUGGCGAAGACAAGUAUUCGUGUGAAAUCUUGGAUCCGUCGUUGCUUCCAACUCUUCAUCAUAUCUCUUCUCCUCUUCCUCAUUCAACUUGCCACCGAGAAGUUCGUGGAUCCACCAUGCCGACGAGUUGUCAAUAUCACAUAUAUCUUUUCACAGCUAACCCUGAUGACUUUCGCCACCGCUGUGUGCCUAUCGAUUCAAAUGUUCAACGUCGUCGUGUGGUGUGCCAGUUUUCCACAGUUUUCAAAAGGCGACGACCCGUUCUCUCCAGUCUCCCCGUGCCUUUCCGACUCGAUCAAUCGGAAUUCUCUCGCAUUUUUCCUCAUUUCCAACGUGCUCACUGGUCUUAUCAACCUCUCUGUCUCUGCUCACACCCUCCCUGCUCAAUACUCUUUUCCAAUUCUUCUAGGUUAUCUAACGACUUGUACCGGAAUUGUUCAUUUUUGGGAGUACCGAAAAGUCAAUUUCGUUCGACUGCAUGCUGAGUAG